UGCACUCACACUGACAAGCACAGACGUGAGAUUCUGCGGUCGGUCGCACACUGGCGUAUGCGUGAAACGAGCUUCUCGACCGGGUGACCGCCCUCGCCAAACACCACCACUGUUUCUCCUUCCCCGAGGGCUCAGCCUCCGCAACGAACGUCACUACAGGUGACAGCCCGUUCCGCCGCUAAGCGUUUGUUCUCGAAAUGAUCAAGACAGCCCGAUGGGGCGGUGACCCUCAAAGAUGUGUGACCUAGCCGAAAACCAUUCGACUCUCCCUGUGGAGAUCUGAGUUGUCGCUCACCGAGGCAGCUGAGGUGUGUCUCUGAGGAAGAUGCUGGGUUCAGAGCGCGGAGUUGUUGAAGAAUGGCUCUCAGAAUUCAAGUCCUUACCAGAAACCCACCUCUCAAGUUAUGCCGGCAGCCUUCAUUUGAAGAAAUCCUUGGUACCAGCGCUGUACAGGGUCAUCCAGGAUCCCGGCAAUGAGCUGUUGGAGCCCGUCUGCCACCAGCUGUUCGAGCUGUACCGCAGCUCCGAGGACCGCCUGCGGCGUUUCACAAUGCAGUUUCUGCCCGAGCUGGUGUGGGUCUAUCUUCGAGUCACAGCCAGCAGAGAUCGUCAGAGCAAUGGCUGCAUUGAGGCCCUCCUCCUGGGCAUCUACAACCUGGAGAUUGUGGACAAAGAUGGCAACAGCAAGCUGCUUUCCUUCACUAUCCCGUCGUUAUCCAAACCUUCGAUAUACCAUGAGCCUUCAAGCUUGGGCUCCAUGGCCUUGACCGAGGGUGCUUUGUGUCAACAUGACCUGAUCCGAGUGGUGUACAGCGGCCUCCACCCUCAGAGAGAGACCUUCACGGCGCAGAACAGGUUUGAGGUGCUGUGUUUCCUCAUGCUGUGCUACAACUCCGCUGUGGUCUACAUGCCAUUGUCCUCCUAUCAGUCAGUCUGCAGAAUGAGCUCACGGUUGUGUGUAUGCGGUUUCCCACGGCAGCAGCAGAAACUCUGGCGGGAGCCGUGCAACCGCGUGCUUUUGGAUCCUGAGUUCAUGGUGCAGAUGCUGACUGCUGUUUAUCAUGCCAUAUAUAAUGGAGAGUGGGAGAUGGGGCGAGAAGCUUUAGAGGACAUACUGUACAGAGCCCAGCUGGAGCUUUACUCCCAGCCUCUCCUGCUGGGCAAUGCCAUGAAGAACUCACUGCCAGACAGCGCCCCGAACGAACCGCAGGGGCGCAAAGUUCUGCAGGUGGAAGUGACACCCACCAUUAGCCGCAUCUCCAUCUCCGCCAUCACCACCGCCUCUAUCCGACGCCACCGCUGGAAGAGAGAGGAUUGUUUUGACUACUCGAGCGAUGCAGAGUUGAGUGUCACCGUCGCUCGUCCUAAUCCCGCCCAACACCCAUCAGCCAAUGAGCAGAGAGAUGGGGGCCCUCACAGCCUCCACCGUCACAGCAGCAACAUCAUUCCCCCCAUCACACUCGAGGAUGCAGACGGUAUGAGCGCCGGUGAGGAUUCCUUCAACGCGAACGACCCAGAUGAGGGUUUCUCCUCCGGGGCAUCCAACAGCAGCCAGCCCAGCGGCACCAGGGCGGGCGGCGGUGGUCCGAGGGCCGGCAGCCUAAGCAGCGGCGGCAGCAGCAUCAAGAAAGCCAUCGCGGCCCGACUGUCCCGGGACAAGGAGCGAGAUAGGCCCGAGGUGGCGAAGCAGGUCGACGCGGCUGCGGAAGUCAAGCGCCAGCACCAGAGGAAGCAGUCGCCCCCGGCCAGCAUCCGACUCGACGCCAUCCAGCUGAGUCCCAUCAAGAAGCACCUGAGCUUUCCCUCCGGACCACCGCUGGUACGGACUGGCAGCACAUCCUCCAGUAAGUCUUUUGACUGCAUGGCCUUCAGCCUGAACGGUGGCACAAGGGAACAAGAGGGCGGCGGCGGAGGCUCGACCGAAGCCGGUGGGCGUCCCGCCGGCGGCUCCCACCGCCAUUCCACUGUCAGCCUGCAGGAGGGUCACAUGAUCAGGCCGGAUGACCCCCUUCUGUCCCCUGGGGCCCCCCUCAGCAAGCAGUCCCGCUCCCCCAGCUUCAACAUGCAGAUCAUAUCACAGGUUUAACGUGUAUCGUGGAUACAACAAAUGUCUGCACACCCUCGUUCACAUGUUAGAUUUUUGUCAUAAAAAAAAAAAA